AUGACACAGCCUCUCUACGUCUUAGUCUAUCCCUCGCGUCUCUUCGCCGCGCACUGGUCCUUGUGGGCACCCCGCAUCGAAGCGAGCGGUCAAGAGUCGGUCGUCGGUGACCGCAUUCACGUCACAGGAGACCGGCUCAACGGUUUCCAGUAUGAAUACAUACAGAACUAUAAUGUCGACAAAGAUGAGAGGAACCCCAAGGCUUUCCCUAUCGGUCGAAUCAAGACCAGUCACUUAGAGCACGGUGAACAAAGCACUGCCAGCAGUGACGGCGAGACGCACGAACUUAAAGCUAUCAACGCAUUCGAUAGAGCAUGUCAGGAGGUUGAGGCUCCUGGGCCGAGUUUGAACAAGGUUUCAAUUGGCGAUAAUGCUGAGAUACCCGGCCCGCCCAGGAGAAGGAGCGAGGUCAAAGACUGUCAGUGGUGGAUUAAGCAGGCCGUGGCAAAUCUGGUCGAGGCCAACAUACUCCUGCCUCUGAGCCCAGAGGAGGGGAAGGAUGAUCCUGUGAAGCGAGUGUCAGAAUUGCCAAAACACUGA